GGUCUUGCUCUCAAGUCAGUCUCAUGGUUCUUGCGAAUCAUCGAGUUCUGCUGCGCAGCUAUCAUUCUCGGAAUCUUCUCUUACUUCCUCGCAACAUUGCACAACCAUGAUCUCCACAUCGACACCUACAUUCGGGCCGUUGAGGGUAUUUCCGGAGCAGCAGUCCUUUACACCAUCUUUGCGCUCCUCCUCGUCUGCUGUCUAGGAGGUAUCGCCUUCUUCAGCGUCAUUGGCAUGAUUCUUGAUCUUUGCUUCACAGGAGCUUUCAUCUACAUUGCGUGGGCUACUCGAGGAGGCGCCCAUAGCUGCAGGGGAUAUGUCAACACUCCUCUCGGAUCUGGAAACACAUACACCACCAGUGUUGCCAACCAAGGAACCAGUGGCAUCACUCACAUUGCCAGCCUCCACACUUCAUGCGAACUUGAGAAGGCUUGUUUUGCUGUUGCCAUCGUCGGGCUUGUCUUCUUCUUCCUCUCCAUCUUCGCCGAACUCGGCCUGAUCCGCCACCGCCGCAAGGAGCGCGCAUUCGGCCCAUCACCCAACAACGGCUACACAGCCGGCUCACCAAAGCGCAAGUUCUGGCAACGCAAGCCCAAGAACUCUCGCGCUGCGGAUCUCGAGAAGAACCCCGAUGCUCUUCCCACGCACGCUACUCCUGCGGAUGUGAGACACAGCUAUGCCACUGAUGCUACUGCUGUUGGGAACGAGCCUCCUAUCAACAAGUACGGCAAUGCUGGUGCGUAUGGAAAUCAGACUGGUGGUGUCGUGGGAACUGGAGCUGUCAAUAAUGGGACUGGGUAUCAGACGACUACUACCACUCAU